UGCAGUGGUUGGCCGUUAGAUUGCAUUUUGCCAAGACUGUUGGCAGCAAAAAGGGUGAUUGUACUUUGAGAAAGCGAGAGAGAGAAAGAGAGGGAAGAGGGUUAAGGAUGAUUCGGAGCAUUGUCGCCGGACUGAUGGCCAACCUAGUGGCCGGCUCGGUCACCGAAGUGUUCAUCGGCCUGGCGGUUUUCUCGGUGAUCUUCCUGCUCAUCCGCGCCCGCCGCAACAGAAUUCCCGCGGGUCUGAAGAGGCCGCCGUGCCCGCCCACCCUGCCCAUCAUCGGCCACACCCUGCUCCUGGGGCCGAACCCCCACCUGAGCCUGACCGCCUUGAGCCAGGAGUACGGCGACAUCUUCCAGAUCCAGAUCGGCACCCGGCCGGUGCUCGUCCUCAGUGGGCUGGACACCUUGAAGCAAGCGCUGAUCCGGCAAGGCGAUGACUUUGCCGGCCGCCCCAGCCUCUACAGUUUCAGGUUCAUCAGCGACGGAAACAGCCUGACUUUCAGCCCCGAUUACUCCGAAGUUUGGAGGCUGCGUCGGAAGCUGGCGCAAAACGCGCUGCGCACCUUCUCUGCGGACGAGUGUCAAAACUCCACGCACUCGUGUCUCCUGGAGGAGCAUGUGUGCAGGGAAGCCCAGCACCUGGUCGACAUCUUCCUAGAUCUGAUGAAGAGCAGGGGCGGUUUCGACCCGGUCAGGUACAUCGUGGUGUCGGUGGCCAAUGUCAUUUGCGCUCUGUGCUUCGGCAAGCGCUACAGCCACGACGACCAGGAGCUCCUCAACAUCAUCAACUUGAGCGACGAAUUCGGCAAGACGGCAGCUUCGGGCAACCCGGCCGACUUCAUCCCAAUUCUGAGAUUCCUGCCCAACUAUUCCAUGAGCAAAUUCAUCAACAUAAACAGGAGAUUUAUCAACUUCGUUGAGAAAAUUGUAACCGAGCAUUACCGCACCUUCGACAAGGAUAACAUACGCGAUAUAACCGAUUCCCUGAUCGAUCACUGUCAGGAGAAGAAAGUGGACGAGAAUGCCAAUAUUCAAGUAUCUGAUGAAAAGAUUGUCUGCAUCGUCAAUGAUUUAUUUGGAGCUGGUUUUGACACAAUUACCACAGCGCUCUCCUGGGCUGUUAUGUACCUGGUUAACAAUCCUGAGAUUCAGAAGAGGCUGCAUGAGGAAAUAGACGAGAACAUUGGCAAAGAUCGAAGCCCAAGGAUAUCAGACAGGCCACUAUUGCCCUACACUGAAGCUUUCAUCACGGAGACCUUCCGGCACUCGUCCUUUCUACCAUUCACCAUUCCUCAUUGCACAACGAAAGACACAGCACUGAAUGGAUAUUUUAUACCCAAAAACACUUGCGUUUUUGUGAACCAGUGGCAAGUGAAUCAUGACCCGAAACUCUGGAAAGACCCAUUUGUUUUCUGCCCAGACCGGUUCCUAAACCCCGAUGGAAAAAGCAUCAAUAAAGUGGAAAGCGAAAAGGUGCUAUUAUUUGGCAUGGGAAAAAGGAGAUGCAUUGGGGAGCCCAUUGGCCGCAUGGAAGUCUUCUUGUUUUUCACCACCCUUAUCCAACAGCUGCAAUUUGAGAAAAAGCCAGGGAAGGACAUUGAUAUGACCCCACAGUAUGGACUGACCAUGAAACACAAGAGAUGUGAAGUGCAAGCGGUGCAGCGUUUCCCUGCCAGCGUUGAAUGAGCCGACAGUGUCUUACUUUUGCAGGAGCUAAGCAAAGGAGAAGAGAACUCUAUUUUUGUACAUUAUAAAUACACAUACCAAUGGUAUGAGGGAAUAGUUAUGCCUUAAAUUGUAAGUUUUGUUAUGUUCAAUGUAAUACGCUGCUGAUGUGCCACUGAUGCCUUGUAUUUAAAAUACUAAUGAAGAAUUAUUUUACUGUAUAAGCAGAACCGAAGAAUGAAGAAAGUGAAGUUUGAGAGCUGUAUUCAAACAUAUCUCAUUUAACAUUGUACUUGUAUUUUAAAGUAUAAGAUAUUUUACUAUUGAAAAUCAUGUAAUAAGGGAGAUAUUACACUGCUUCAUUAUACUGUACAAAUGGACGUUAGUGAUUUUUAUACUUAUGAAAUGUCAGAUCAAACAGAAGAAUUUGUUACAAAGAGAAAUAAAACAAUGUG